AUGGAUGAUCCUUUUACCCAAAUACAAGAAGACCUUGAAAAUGCUGAGGUUGCAGCAUACCAUGCGAUACAAAGCAUUUACUCCCUAGGAGGUGAAAUCCUCUAUGAUCACUAUAUAGACCAAAAAUCAGUUUCCUUUGCAUCUCAAAAUCUUCAAUCCCUCUUAGCAAACACAUUAGAAGCCUAUUUCAUACGUCAUGAUCUCGGUGAAACCGAAGCUUGGAAAGAAGACCAAGAGCCAGUUCCAUGUAAAAUAGACACCUGGGCACGAGCCUCAAUCCCAGUCAAAAAAAAGAUAAAAAUGCCUUCAGUUGAGACAUCAAACCAACAACUGCCAGCUGACAUGCGAAGUGUAAAAAGCUUCAGGUCAAGCCGCUCUGUGUUUAACCAAGUAAACAAGCUUAAUAAAACCGUCAGAGGAAUGCAAGGAGAAGUUAUAGAUGAAGUCAAAGGGCAGCCAAUACCAAUAGCACAAGAUAAAGAAGAUAUCUCUGAGGAGGAAGAACAAAUGAGACAAAGAAAAGAACGAGAAAUGAAAAGAAAAAGAGACGAAAAAGAAAGGAUUAGGCUGAGAAAGGAGGAAGAAGAGGAAAAAGAAAAAAAAAUUGUAAGGGAAGCGGAAGAUUUGAAACAUAAAUUAUUCACAUAUGAUAGCAAAGGGAAAAUUGUAUUGGUUAAUGCAAUUAAGUAUGAUACUAUUCCACCAACAGCUAUGAUAAUGAAAUAUACACUCCCUGUGCCAGUAGUAGAAGAAAAUAGCUCGAAAGAUCAGAAAAAGCCUAAAAAAGAGACGAAAGAGUUUUCUAUUGUAAAAGCUAGAAAGCAAGCCCCACUCCAAGAGCAGGAAUGGGUAAAAAAUGUAACGUCAGUUGCACCACCUAUAUUUGAUACUAUAAAAUUAAGUGCGGGCGUAACUGUAGUAGAGGGAAGCAGAACAAAAUAUCCAAACCAUCAAUCGUCGGAAAAGCUGAAAACAAUGACCAGAAAAGAAUAUAGGACGCUUACAGACCAGCAUAUUCCUACAAACUAUAAAGAUAUAGUAGAUAAUCCGAGGGAUAAUUAUGAUAGAAAAUCUUCCCCACAAAGCAGCCAGGAAUCCUUCAAACCAGGUAGCAAUAUACAAAGUAAAAGAGACUUACUCGAAAGUAUCCCAGAUUUUGAUGAAGAAAAUCAUGAUGUUGAAGAGCUUACAGAAGAAGAUUCAAUGGCAGAAAAACCUUCUGUGAAACUGCCAAAACCUGAUACGAGGUCUAAAAAAGAUAGAAUUUUACAAUAUGGUCAGUCUAUUGAGGAAACAGAAGAAAUGAACCCAGUUGAAAAAUUCAAUUUAUCAAUAUUAAGGAAUAAGCAAUGGGGGACAAAUCCGCCAUUCAAACAAGCUUUUGUACCUGAUAAAAUUCCGAAAAAACACCCUAAUUCAAAGGAAGCUUUGCAAAUUUAUGGAGAUCAAAUAAAGAAACCGAAAGAUGAGCCGUUUGCAUCUAUUAAAGAAUUGUGGGAAAAGAAAAGCACGUCACUUAAAAAGCCAAGAGACAGACCUUUUAUUGAGAGGGUGGAGAAGAAAAAGAGGAUGCCGCCUCCACCAUUUGGACAAACUAUGGUUAAUGCAAUGCCAGAUUCUGGACUUGCAGCUUCAGGAUCUCAUUUAUCAGCAUCUUUUAACUCAUAA